AGACUUGCAGGUCUGGAGUCGAAGACAGUCCACUAAGCUUAGGGAGACAUGACUUUCUAUUUGUCUGUUGGUAUGUGAGAGGACAUAGGGUAACCCUAAAGAGAACACAGGAAAUGUCAUUAGUUAUUUACGGAAAGCAAAUUACUUGUAAUGCGGUGCUAAGAAGAGGGGCAACAUUGUCAGGUGAGGACUAGAAUUUCGGAACAAAAAUAUAUAAUGGGGUGAGAGAGGCUCGAACUCUCGACCUCAGGAUCACUCUUUAGCUAUGAGACCUACGCGCUAGCCAACUGCGCCACCACCCCGUGUUGUUCCCUUUGCAGAAAACAAAUUCCAGAUACCGAAACAUACUAAUGAAAGACUAAUGAUCUACAAAGGUUGUCAUUUUCAAUCUUCUUAGUCAUUUGCCGACAACUCCCUCACUUGAAUCUUCUUGUUGUAGUCAUUAAUCCUGUACGUUGCGAAACUUGUUUUUAUCACUUUGAGAAUUGAAUUACAGUAGAACUAGCAAUAAAGAUGGGAACUUUUUUGUAUUUGAUACUAUUCCAAGUCCUUCUUUCAGUACUUGUAUGUUUUGAUUCAUCUCAGUCCACUUUCGAUCGGCAAACCUAUAGAGAACAUCUUCUAAGCUCAUCCCAACGAGACAAGGACUGGUUAAUAACCAUUAGAAGGCAAAUUCAUGAGAAUCCAGAACUCAGAUUUGAGGAACACAAUACCAGUGCUCUUAUUAGAAGUGAACUUGAUAAACUUGCUAUUUCUUACACAUACCCACUUGCCAAAACUGGGAUUGUUGCUCAAAUUGGCUCUGGUUCACCUCCUGUUGUUGCUCUUCGUGCUGACAUGGAUGCACUUCCCCUGCAAGAGCUUGUGGAGUGGGAGCAUAAGAGUAAAGUUGAUGGAAAAAUGCAUGGAUGUGGUCAUGAUGCUCAUACCACUAUGCUCCUUGGUGCUGCUAAGUUGCUUAAUGAAAGGAAACAUCUGCUUAAGGGAACGGUGAGACUUCUUUUCCAACCUGCUGAGGAGGGAGGUGCUGGUGCAUCACAUAUGAUAAAAGAUGGUGCCCUUGGUGAUGCUGAAGCCAUAUUUGGGAUGCACGUUAAUUACAAGAUACCCACUGGAACCAUAGCAUCCUUGUCAGGGCCAGUCUUUGCUGCAGCAUCCCGCUUUCAAGUAAAAAUAGAAGGCAGAGGUGGGCAUGCUGCAGUACCCCAUAAUGCUGUGGAUCCACUACUUGCUGCGUCAUUUGCAAUUUUGGCAUUGCAACAGCUCAUCUCUAGAGAACUGGAUCCCCUCCAGAGUCAGGUUCUAUCUAUUACGUAUGUCAGAGGAGGGACUACUUUGAAUGUAAUUCCACCAUAUUUUGAAUUUGGGGGCACCCUGAGGAGUCUUACGACUGAGAGCUUACAUCAACUCCAGCGGAGGUUGAAAGAGGUUGUUGAAGGCCAGGCAGCUGUCCACAGAUGUCAUGCGCACGUAGACAUGUACGAAAAGGAAGAUGUUCCCCUAUAUCCUGCUACCGUGAAUGAUGAAAAAUUGAAUUUGCAUGUUGAGAGGGUUAGUAGACUUCUUUUUAAUCCAGAGAAUUUCAAGAUGGGUCAGAAGGUGAUGGCAGCUGAGGACUUUUCCUUCUAUCAAGAAGUGAUUCCUGGAGUCAUGCUCGAUAUUGGAAUUAGAAAUGAAAACGUGGGUGCAAUUCACUCCCUACACUCACCUUACUUCUUUCUUGAUGAGGACGUUCUUUCAAUUGGGGCAGCAUUGCACACUGCCCUGGCAGAGAUUUAUCUGAAUGAGCAUCAACAAUCUGCAGCACAGUAGAGAAUAAGACAUCAUAAGAGCAUGGAAGAUCAUGAAUAAGUUAAUAGUGGUCCAUGCUAUAAAGUCUCUAUAUGUAGUGGCAGGAUAUGUAAAAAUCAGGGGAAAAAAAGAAGAAGUAAUGAAACUCUUGAUUCUAGAUCACCUUCCAGUUCUGGUUAAUGCAAUCACCUCUUUCUGAAGAAGAUUCUGGUGAGCAACCUGGAUACGGGUGCAGCUAUUUUGUUCUGCAGAAGUGCCAAAAGCUGCUUCAAGCUGCCUGUCCAGGUAAAUGAUUAUGUUGCCAAAAUCCUAUGCGAACUUCGGUUGCCCCUCGACCUAUUUUACCAAGGGAUGUCCUUCCCAGAGCUACAUUUGCUUGCACUCUUUUCCUGAAAGAUUGAGCAAUAUUAAUUAUUCCAAACACUAAUGAAGAUUUCAUGGUAUAUAAUAUAACAAAAGAUUUCUGCA